AUGGACAAACUCACAGACGAUGUACUUCAGACAAUUCUUGAUUGGGUCGAAGACCGAGCAACGCUUCAUACAUUGCUUUCCGUAUCACGGUGCUUCUAUGCCUGUACGGAACCUCGGCUAUACUCUUCCGUCGAGUUCAUAGCCAAACCCCAAACUGCGCUGCGGCCCAGGUUUCACAAGUUUCAACGGCGCAUCGCUUCGAACUCGUACCUCGCCUCGAAAGUAAAGAAAUUUACCAUCGAUCUAGCGGAUUCCAACAAUCCUCCAGAGGAUUUCUCCCUGCAUGACACGCUCCGGUAUCUGGUCGGUCUCAAGGACUUGAGGCUCAAAAUUUGUAUCAAUUCGGAUAUUUCCAUUACGGCUCUGACAAAAGUGCAUUGUCCAUUCUUUCUCACCAAGUUCGUAUGGCAGAAUCCACGGGCGGGUCUCCAGGCGUUGGUGCCAUUCCUUGAAAGCCAGCCGUUUAUUGAACAUCUACACCUGGUGCUGACAACGACUACCAUCAACCUAUCCCCUGAAGCAUUGCCGCGGCUGAAGGAAUUAGUGGUGCCCUCAUCAAUGGCUAUGAACAUUUUACCAGGAAGAAAGGUCACUCACUUGAGUCUAAUGCUCGUGUCGGACAAUUCCUCGUUCGACCACGCUCCGUCCCUCGCCAUGGAAGAGGCUCUCGCACACAUUGAAUUCUUAGGCUGCUUCGCAUCUAAAGCUGAAUAUCUCCUCCCUGGCAUACGCUUGAUGCACAAACUUCGGUGGCUCCAAAUAAUGUUUCCGGCACAGAGCAACGCCGAUAUGCUCGACCUACUUCGAGUUGUAAGAGACCGAGCCACGAAUUUGACCUACAUGCAAUUGUCCGCCUUCUUUAUGGGGUCUCUGAAAGGUCUGACAACGCAAAUCCUCGAGUCGGUACCUCCAGCGUGCCUAGUCGACAUUGGGAGACAGGGAAAUGUCGUAUUUGAUCGAUACUGUGCUGGAAAGCACAUAUCUUCGGUGUCUGAAGACGUGGCACCUACUGAGCGGGAGUGGUGGUGGUCCGAGGCCAAGUUGCGACACGUCUUGACUCCACUUUCCCAUUUACCCGGUCGAUCGUCGGAUGUACCAACGAACAACCAUCGUUGGUCCGAAAUUAUCCCUCCAGAUACAGCUCUCACUUUCGCUGUCAUCUGGGAUCCCGAAGACGGAUUAGUAGUAUUUUCGGGAGCAGAGCUCCUCGGUUCGGCCAACUACUUUCCGGAUUCAAGACCAAUGUCGCCUUCCGAACCUUUAGAUGCUCAGUCGCAAGUAAUCACUCUAAAAACCCUCUCGUCAACGCAUGUCUUGUCCGAGACGCCAAGGACACUAGCGUUCUUCCGUGAUACGCAUCGAUAUCUCUUCGCUGGAAGUCAUAGUCGCCUAUCACUGUCCAAGCGAGCCAGACACGGUGUGCGCACUCAGACGUCAUCCACUGUUGGCGGCGCGGACGUUUAUAUACGCGGAUCCCUGUUGAGCAGGGCUCAUGACGGUUACCCGUGUCUCGACCGCUUCGAGCAAGACUUUGAAGUGGGGCCGUUCAAUACUCCCUCGGUGACAGACAUAGAGAUGCGAUACAACCGCGCUUUCUCAGUGUUUGCAGCUGAGCACCAUUUGAGCUCUCGGUUUUCUAUUACGACUACCUCGACUUCGAGUUAUAUUUCCAGCGCCCCAAAACACCCAUAUUUUCUCGGCCGAUGCUCCCUCAAAGGCGUUCACCGAAUACCAUCUGUAGCGACCUCUGCUCCCGGACUUCACAACGAUUACGGAAAUGUAGACGAACGCCCGAUGAUACACUAG